CCUAGGCAGAGCUUCGGCGCUGGCUCAGGUAAGCAGAAGCACCCGCCGCCUCUCGGAGGAGAUGCUGAAGCCCUUCGAAGCCCCGUCUUCCCGCAGCGGGCAGCAGAGGCGAACGCUCUCUGCUUAUGCGCAGAGGCCUCGCGAGGGAAGCAACUCAACUCCUAAGUGCCGCGAAGAGGGUCUAAGAGCCGAACCGGCUCCUGGGAAGGAAGGCCUGGGCAGCCUCCGCCUGGCUUGGCGGGUCCUUCUCCUUCGCGGCGCGCGCGCGCGGGCCAAGAGGUCUCCCCGGGCAGAGCCUCGCCCUUUUCUAACGCGGCCUCCGCCCUCCCCGCUCUCCCCUCAGGAUGUCUCCCCAGACGGCCUCUUCGCCAGCCUCGCGGGAGACGAGCGAAGGAGAGACGCCCUCCUGGGCCAUCUCGGACGACGACGACGCCUUCCCCUCCUCCUCUCCCUCGCGCGCCGCCGCCCGCCCGCCCGCCUCUCCCGGUCCUGGCGCGCUUGUGUUGGAGGCCGCGGGCGAGCGGUCGGCCCGCAGCGGAGCGCCCUGCGAGGGAGGCGGCCCCUCCAAGGCCAGAAGCCGUCGAGGCCGCGGCAAGGGCAAGAGCGAUGGCCUUGGGAUGAGCAGAGCCAAGCGGAGCCGCCGCGUGAAGGCCAACGACCGCGAGCGCAACCGGAUGCACAACCUGAACUCGGCCCUGGAUGCGUUGCGCGGCGUCCUGCCCACCUUCCCCGACGACGCCAAGCUGACCAAGAUCGAGACGCUCCGCUUUGCCCAUAAUUACAUCUGGGCGCUCACCGAGACCCUCCGCCUGGCCGAUCAGAGCGCGCUGGCCGGACCGACCCAGGACGCCGCUUUCCCACCGCAGGACGGCUGCGGUGGCGACCCCGAAGGCCCCGUCGCUUGGCUCUAUCCGUGGGACUCGCCCAGCUCGCAAGGGAGCAGCCUCAGCCCGAGUGACUCUGCGGAGGACGCGCGCACUUUCCGCCCUCCCUGUCUCAGGCUCCCCACCCAGGCGGCCUUUCCGGACUUCGUCUGAACUCUACCCUUUGCGCUAGAGGUCGAAUCAAGGCCAGGAUCCCCGGGGAUCCUAGUGGUUGCUGUGCGCACAGGUCUGCUGGUGGGGAGAGAGAGUCCCUCCCUUCAGAGUCUUCACCUUUGCCUUAAAUAGGAAGUCUCUGUCCAGUUCCCUGCACUUUUCCCAGGGCCUUUCUCUUCCUUUCCCUGGCGCAGGGCUGAUAGAAAGAAUUGGGGUUCACUGCCAAAGGAGUUUCUUCCCUGGUGUGAUUGAACCAUAAAACCUGCCUGCCUGAUUGCCUUGACAGGCUGGGAUUCAGUUCCUCGGCUGCUGACUAUUUGCUGGCUACUUGAUUGUUAAAAUAUUAGAACAAUAUUUCUGUCAUAUGAUUCCACUGCAGCUGAAAACUUUUGGAAUAUCCUUAAAUUACUAAAUGAAGAAUACUCAUCUUUUGAAGUUGCUUUUGCCAAGACUUUUGCUAGGGUGCGUUCCAGGCUAAUUGGUCAUUCUCAGCCAUCUGGAGGGAGCAAGAAUAGGGAAGUCUGCUUUAAGCCUAGCUCUUAAAUCAGUCAGGCAUAGAGUCCCCUGUAAACUCUGGAAUGAAGUCUUGUCACACUUUGCUAAUUAAGGUCUUCUAAAUAUUUGCAGCACAUCUCUCUUGGAAAAGUGGUCUCAUUUUAUGUUGUGUAUGUAGAGCUGUGCAAGGCUACUCAGACACACAUACUGGUGAGUUUAGUGAGACACAUUUUGAGAUAACUCUAAAGAAUUGCAACCCUCCCUCCCAAUACCUGCCUUUUUCAAGCUAGAGUGAUUUCCAUCUUUGAGAGGUGUCCACGUGAUAUAAUAGCACUUUUGAAACAAUUUGUGUGAACAGCCUGCUAAGAAUAUAAGAUGGAAGCACAAUCCACCAAUUUAAGUAUGCACUCAGUUCUCCCAUUGAAAUCAAUAGAAUUUAACUCUUGGUUGAGUUGGGCAACAGACAUCCUGCUCCCACCUCCAGCACAUUUGCAGGCAAAUCAGCUUUGUGCUCUUUAGAAGUUGGUGAGUUCAGUUCAAACUGUGUUAUACUUCAGGGCUUUGCCAGUUGGCCCAGUUGGGAGCUAAUUAAUUCUGAAUAUCAAAAUUCCAUCAUCACUACCUUUGAUAGAAAUCCUCUAUAUUGAAGGAUGGCUAAAUCUACCUUUUUACACGCUAUUCUCAAAUUGGCCAGAGAGUACUUAAGAGCACUUAAUAUAAAUUACCAAGCCCUUUUUACUUUUAUCUAUUAUAUGAGGAAAUGAUGUGCAGUGCAAUUCUAUGCAUGCCUACUCUAACCUAACCCCCCUUGCAUUUAAUGAGAUUUAUUGGGACCAGUUGGUACUGAAGUAGGCAGAUAGAUAGAUUUAAACUGGAGAAAGUGGGAGAGUAGCAUUUUUCUUCUGAAUGUUGCUUUUCUUGAAGAAUUAGGGCCCCAGCUGCAUGGCAGCAACUAACUAAUCUUAAAAAACUGAAAAAUACUUACAUAGAAAAUUUUGGGGCUGUGGGCAAGACUGGAAAUUACGCCCUGGAAGAAGGCAAUAACAAACCACUUCUGUACUGUUACCAAGAAAUUAUAUGAACCUGUCUAUAACAGUCACCAGAAGUUGAGCUCAGUUUGAGGUGACUUUAUCAACUUACUGGGGACUACAAAUGGAUGAACGCCAGUUUGAUAUAGUUGUUAAGAUGCCAGGCUAGAAACUGGGUGACUGAAUUCUAGUUAACUCUUAGACACAAAUCUAGCUGGGUGACUUUGGGCCUGUCGUUCUCUUUCAGUCCUAGGAAGAAAUCAAGGGUAAACAGCUCCUGAAAAUUUUGACAGGAAAAUGGCAUAGACCUGUAGCCAGGACACAAAACAAUCAAUAUGUAAGGCUCUUCCAUUUCCCCCUCCUUUUGUUAUUCAAUUGUCUUUAUCUUUCUAGUUUGCCUUCUAUCCCUUCCCCAUCUCUGUAGGAUAGAGGGAAAGAUCACUCUAGAGAUGCGUGAUACAAGCACUUCCAGACACUUCUAAAAUGAAUCUAUCUCCAACUCUGACUUAGAGGAAUCAGUACAGUAGCUCAGUCCCACAAUAGAUUUACUUGAGAAUGAGAAAUAGCAAAUGAAUAAACUUAAAUUAGUGUGUGUUAUUCUGGAAUAAUGACUGUUAAGAUGUUUGUUUUGAUCUUGGGUUCCUCUUGUAACUAAGAAAUGGGGGGGGGGGUUGAGUGUGAGUGUGUGCGAGUGAAAUCAGAAAUGCCUAUUCCUUUUAGGUAAAACUUCCUAUUUCCCUUUUUCUACUGAGAGAUUGUAAUUUAUAAAAAAUUCUCAUAUUUAUUGAUUAUAUUAUAGAACAAAGAUAUAAAUGUAUGUGUGUGUAUAUGUAUAUGUAUG